AUGCAAAGAACAUACGACAGAGAAUAUCUCGGUGCAUUCAACAUACUUCUCCAGGCAGGUGCCAAUGUCGAUUCGCCGUGCCCUCUAAUUGAUGUCACCUCAUGGUUCGCUAAAGAUCGACGGUACUCAAAGCUGCUGGAAGAGAUGAAAAUACCGAAGGAGUGGUAUCCGACAUGUUUGGAUUGGGGGUACCAAAGAGACACAGAGUUAUUUGAUCUAAUGCUUCUUCGAAGUAUGUCUCCCGAUGGAACAAUGACAAGACAUGGAAUUCUGCGAGCUGCUAUGCAUGGGACAUCAGCACUUUCCGCAUAUCUGCGAUCUAGGGAAUCAAUUGUGGGUGGGCAGGCUUCGAACUUUCUAGAGCUUGUGAUGCGAGAACAGGUUUCGAAGAUUGAAGGGUGGGAAUUCUUCAAUAUCUCCGCUUUCAAAAGUCUGAUUGAUGUCGGGGUCCAGAUCCAUAAGUCCGACCGUUCGGAAUGUUGUUCACGACUAUUGCAAGAUGCUCGGCGCGGGAUAAAUAACGAAACAUAUGAGCGCCUAGACCGUUUCCUUCAAGAUCGUUCGUGUGUCACCCCAGAAACUAUCAGCCAAGCAGUCUCCGAGAAAGGAACAACCUUUCUUGAGCGGCUCUCAAAAUUCAGUGUCGAGGUCGGAGAUAUUGGACUUCAUGCUCUCCUGACAGCAGCUCGAAAUGGUAAUUUCGAUGCUGUGAACUGGCUAUUAGGCGCUGGUGUGAACAUCAAAGCUGGAAUCUGCGAUGACUUUGGAUUAGGAGAUGACUUCACAGUUGUGACCUUAUUGAUCCAAGAGAUCGAUAGUCAUCGGAACAUAAAAGCCAAGAUGUCUAUGUUGCAGCACCUUAUUGAUUGCGGAGCUGAGCUAAAAGAGAGAGCGACGGAUGAAUACGCUGGUGGCCUGUUCAAACAUUACUUUUUGGGACAGAGCGAAGAAAUUGCUACGAUCUGUCGCGCGAGAACAACUACGGAUUUACUAGCCCCUUGGCUCUUAGACCGGCUUGGGGUCGGAUCUAGGAAAAUUGCAGGAGCCGAGCUUCAAGCCCUAUUCGUAGCAGCUUCGGUUGAAACAACAGACUCGCUUCUAAUAUUCAAUAAGCUGUACACUUCCUAUGGGCUACCACCUGACCCACAAGCGAUCCUAGCCUCAUUAAUUAAACGCCAAGCCGGGGAUCAGUUGAUCCAGGAAGUCAUCCAGGAAAGUGCUUCCAUCGACGUAUAUGUUAAAACGGGAUUCAAUGACUGUUGGUCUACUCCUCUCCAAGCCGCAGCAUCUAUCGGCAAUUACCCUCUAGUGCUUCAAUUAUUGGACCGCGGAGCAGAUGUCAACGCCCCCGCUCGAGGGUUCCAUGGAUUUACAGCUCUUCAAGCAAUCUGCCGUUGGGGUCCCGUGUCGGGCGAGGAAAGGCAUCGCCAGCAGAAUAUUAUAAAUCUGUUGAUUAAGAGUGGUGCAAAUAUUAAUGUAGAGCCUGAAGCUGGAGGGCUGACAGCAAUUAUGGCUUCCGCAUGGCGGGGAGACGUUGAACUGACCGCUAUGCUGUUAGCCCAUGGCGCUGACCCCAAUCUUCAUAUGAGGACACGAAAGACUGGGUACCUAGAAUCGACAUUAGAUCUAGCCAUUGGUCGAUGCGACGUGGCCAAGCUUCUUCUAGAUGCAGGAGCAUUGAGCGCUCGACGUGGUUUAACAGGCUAUGAAGGUGCCAUAUUGAAGGCUGAGAAAUGUGGAAUGUACGUCGUUGCGAAAGUACUUCGGGACCACAUCGAGCGACAGGAGAAACAAUUUCGCAUCUACCCAGAGCUGUGGGCCUGUCACAAUGCAGUGAUGAAAAAGAUGGACAAGCAAGACGCCGAGCGUUGCAAGAAAAGCCUGCACAGUGGCCACCCAGCGGGUGGCUCUAUUAUAUUUGUCAAUCCAUCCUGGCCAGCUCCAGUCCUGGCCGAAACAGUGAGAUCCUGGCCAGCUCCAGUCCUGGCCAAAACAAUGAGAUAG